AUGGACCAAGAGUUCAACGCCUUAUUACAUAAUCAAACAUGGCGUCUGGUCCCUCCAGAGCCACACAUGAACAUAAUAGGGUGCAAGUGGGUAUUCCGGACAAAGCGCACUGCAGAUGGGUCAGUCGAACUGUACAAGGCUCGGUUGGUAGACAAAGGGUUCAAUCAGGUGGCCGGUGAAGACUUCUUCGAUACGUUCAGUCCAGUUGUUAAACCAACCACGGCCCCUCGUGCUUGGUUUAAGCGGCUUCACGAUUUUCUACUGUCGGCAGGGUUCAAGUCGUCAAAGACAGAUGUAUCUUUAUUCUACUAUGCUUCAGGUGUUGCGCGUGUCUAUCUACUCGCGUAUGUUGACGAUAUAAUUAUGAUGGGAAACGACAGCACACUGGUUGAUACUAUCCUACAGCGGCUAGCCUUUACCUUCAAGAUUCGGGAUCUAGGCUCACCGGGUUUCUUCUUGGGUAUUGAGACUGUUUCUUCUACUAGCGGUAUGUUUCUAUCACAGCGACGCUAUAUGAUUGAUCUGUUAGGGCGUUCAGGUAUGGUUGACUGCAAGCCUCUUACUACGCCAGCAGCCGUCACAAAGACCUCUAUGCUUUCCAUUCAGCUCUAUGACAAUCCUACUCAGUACCGGCGUGUAGUUGGGGCGCUACAGUACUUAACCAUUACGCGGCCGGAUUUGAGUUUUGUUAUGAACCGUCUGUGUCAGUUUAUGCACGCACCCACUAAGGAGCAUUGGGGUAUGGUGAAGCGAGUCCUACGGUAUGUUAAGGGCACUCUGAGUUAUGGGCUUCGGAUCUCUCCGUCUGCAUCGUCCGACAUUCACGCUUAUUCCGACUCUGAUUGGGUUGGUUGUCCUAUGGACAGGAAAAGCAAAAGCGGGUUUGCUGUCUACCUUGGUGAUAAUUUAAUCUCCUGGCUCUCGAAGAAACAGCGCACUGUAGCUAGGUCCUCCACUGAGGCUGAGUACAAGGCCUUAGCUGUUGUCUCCGCUGAGGUCACUUGGGUCGUUUCGUUACUGCGCGAGCAAGGGUUACAUUCCGGGAAGCCUGCAACGCUCUGGCGUGACAAUCUAGGGGCUACGUAUCUAUGUGCCAAUCCGGUGUUUCAUACGCGUACAAAACAUGCGGAGAUAGAUUAUCAUUUCGUCCGUGACAAGGUAGCUUCGGGUGACUUCCUCGUCAAUUAUGUUUCUACGACAGAUAUCUUGAUAAAACCGAUGCCUGCUUCGCGGUUUGCUGCCAUGCGUGACAAGCUCAACGUUGUUGCCCUCCAACCUUGUGCUUGA